ACCGACAUCAGUUCAGGUUGCUCCUCGACGUUCACAACGAUGUCUAGCCCUCCCGCUGCAGUCCCCGUCCUCGAUGCACCUAAGCCUGAACGCCCCAGUGCAGGAGUACGCAUGCCGUCUCUGAACCAGCUUGCUGCUCGUAUCAAUCUCAAUGGUGCACAGUCUAACAACGCAUCUUCAGCGCUGCGGCCUCGUCUUGCGGCCUCACUUCUGCGAACAGGAUCGCAGACUUCGCUCGCAUCCUCUACGACGGCUGCAUCUGCAUCAGACUCUGUAGCCGUAAAUGCUCCGACCACUAGGUCAACAUCACCGGCUGCGUUGUCGACAUCACCGCCAAGGAGUAACACUUCUACUCCACUCGGGUCAGAGAAGGGUGAGCAGCUCACCCAAGACAACUUGGAGCAUUUGAAUGAAGAGGUCGAGAAGGAAAAAGAGCGGAAGAAGGAGAGGGCACCCGCAGGAUAUAAGAAUAUUCCUAGUCUCGAUGCUAUUACUGCUCGAUUGGCCAAGGCACGCCAACUGAGUGUUGACGGUACUGCAAAACCUCCAGAGGCGGAGACGAUUGAGGAUCCCAAGACUCCAGGUCUCCGGAUCAAGGCGCCUGAGCACCCUCUGGAACAUACCUGGACACUGUUUCAUGAUACCAAGGCAAAGAUGCCUUUUACACCUGCCUCUGCAGGCAUUAUCCCCGAGGCACCUGGAUCCGCACAUCCUCUGGCACCCGAUACUGACGAGUAUGAAGCUGGCCUCUCCGUUAUUGGCGAGUUUGAUACCGUCGAAUCUUUCUGCCGGUACUUCAAUUGGCUUAAACCGCCUUCGAAGCUGGAACGCAACUCAAAUUAUCACCUAUUCAAAGCUGGUAUCAAGCCAAUGUGGGAAGACGAGGCCAACGCAAACGGAGGCAAGUGGGUGCUUACAAUGAAGCAAAAUCCCCAACUCUUAGAUCGGUGCUGGAUAUGGCUUGCUAUGGCGCUCAUUGGUGAAGAUCUUGACGAAGGUGAUGAGAUCUGCGGCGCUGUGGUUAGUUUGAGAAGUAAAGUCGACCGUAUCCAACUUUGGACGAGAUCGAAAGAUGACGUCGAGAAGAUCAAUGGAAUCGGCAAGAAACUCGUCAAGUUACUCGAUGUGUCGGAAACCGACGGUAUUGGCCUUGAGUUCCAGGUGAGUCUACAAUAACGAUGAUCGGCCAACUCCAAACAAGUUCCUCUCCAUCCAGGCUCUUCCACAGACGUCCUAUCGCUCGACGUUCCCGAAUAAGCCAGGCUACGCAGGUACACCUGCAGAAGGCGCCGGUGUGCCUGCGAAUGCCAAUCCUCCAGGCCCAGGGGGCGCGUUCGCUGGUUUCGGUGUUGGUCUUGGUGGCGGAUGGAGGGGCAAGCGGUGAAUGUAUUCUCUCUGUAAGAAUGGGUCUGGAGUUCAUAUUUAUUACUUUUGGACUGUUCAUCUUGAAAGCGUGCGUGUUCUGCUCUCGAUAUUGUCUAUGUAUAUUUGUGUAAUGACUGACUCCGACCAGAGGAGGAAACUUUGUAGGUUACAGAGCAGAAAUCGACAGUGUAUUUUUCGCAUAUAAACGUAUCCAUAUCGAUUCGAUUCUGCCACGACCCCAUUAUAUAUAAGCCGAACUGGGUUUCUCAAUUCCUCCAUACAUAGCAAGUCUUUUCAAUACCAGUCAUAUGGAACAGUAGCGUGCGAACU